UUAGUGUCAGUGGUUUAAAAAAAAUAUAUUUUACGAAAACUUUAAAUUGUAAACUUCAAAAUGUAUCUUGAAACUUAAUUUUAUAAGUGAAACAUAAUCUAAUUUUGUGUUUAAAUAAAAAUAAAAUGGUUUUAUAGUUUAACAAGUGCGAUUUACACAUGCCCUACAUUUAAAAAGUAACUUACAUUUUGUUUUUAAAGUUUUGAUUCACCGAUAUUUUAUGUGUGUGUUAUGGCGAAAGAUGCAUUCUUGGAACGGGAAUUUCAUGCUGUUCCUGGGCGUAUUUUUUUGCGUAAGCGGGAACGAGAAUGAAUCGACAAACGAACAUUCUUUGGAAUUGACCCAGUCCUUGAACUUGGCGCGGCAAGAGCUUAUACAGGAAGCAUGUCGUCGAUUUCCCUUGAAUUUGAGUUUGGAUGAUUUACCGCCAAAUCAACUCGAACAUAUACUUGUUGAUGAUGAACACAAACUUCUUUAUUGCUACGUCCCAAAGGUGGCGUGUACGAAUUGGAAACGUAUACUGAUGAUAUUGGCGAGUAAAUGGAAUGGUACUGAUGUACUAGCGAUUCCCGCGAGCCUCGCUCACUCGCCUGGAAUGUUCCGGAACUUGAGCACCGUGCCCAAAGAAGACAGGCAGAUUAUGCUGGAUAAUUAUAACAAGAUGAUAAUAGUCAGGAAUCCCUUUGAAAGGUUGCUGUCGGCAUAUCGGAAUAAAUUAGAAGGAGAUACGCAGAGCGCGAAGUAUUUUCAGGAUAGAGUGGGCAAGAGGAUAAUCCGAGCGUAUCGUGAGAAUCCUUCAAACGAAUCGCUGGCGCAGGGACAUGACGUCACGUUCAAGGAGUUCGUGUUAUUCCUCACUAACCAGUCUGAGGAGAUGGCAGACGUGGUAAACAAUGAGCACUGGCAGCCCAUCACCAGUCUAUGCCAUCCGUGCCUUAUCAAGUACACGCUAGUUGGUAAAUACGAGACACUGCUGGACGAUUCUCUUCUAGCUUUGAACACUAUAAACGCUUCCUACAUCCAGUUUCCCAGACUGGCGCACACUUCAGGCACUGCUGAAAAACUGCACAAAUAUUUCUCCCAACUCGACCUACCUCUUAUAAGACGUCUGUACAAACUAUACAAAUAUGAUUAUAGAGUAUUCAAUUACGAUUUAGAUAAUAUAGUCGGCUAUGAUCUUGGAUAGAGCAAGGUUGAAGGUCGGUUUAAGUAUUACAAGGGCCCUGGGCGGGAUUUCAAAACUUCUGUAACGCCCUUUAUCUCUGGCGCCCUGGGCUGACGCACCACUUCGCUCUACCCUAACGCCGGUACCGUGUACUUCGAGAACCAUUGGUAUUUUUGACUAGUGAAAGCUGUUUUAUGUACAAAGAUGUGUUUUUAACACGAAUAUGAGUACACUUAUGUUGUAGUUUUAGAAUUAUACAUAAAAAAGUUCUAACUCACGCUGUUCUGACAGUUUUAACUGAAGAUUUAAACUGUUCAGUUAAAACUGUCAGAACUGUGCGUGUAACUAGCUUUAGUACCAGUUUAAUCUAAGAUAUAAUGCAUCUAUUUAUGUAAAUAACAUAAGUUGUAUGAUGUAUGUAUGAGUGAGAAAAAAAAAA